AUGUUGCAUUUUGGAUUAGUUAGAGAUAUCUACAAGGAUGAUUAUUAUCGCAUGAGAGAAGAAGAUUUGCUUCCUGUUCGCUGGAUGGCACCCGAAUCUUUGAUGAUCAGAACAUUUACUUCUCAAAGUGAUGUUUGGUCAUUUGGUGUUUUAAUGUGGGAAAUUACAUCGUUGAGUGAGCAACCUUAUAGUGCCAAGACUAAUGAAGAAGUGAUAAAUUAUGUACUUGAUGGAGGCAGGUUGCCGAUGACUCUUAACUGUCCGUCAGCAUUGUACCAGUUGAUGCUACGUUGCUGGAGUGCAGCGGAUGCUAGACCAAAUUUCGAAUUUUGUCUGAACAAUAUUAUAACAUUAAGACAGAACAUAGAAGAUGCCUUACUGAGUCCAGUCGAUACUAUUUAGCUGAUAUUAUAAUUAAAUUAAUGUUUAUUUUCCAAAUGAUCCAAUAAAUCUUACUGUAGGAAAAAUAUUUCUAGAUAAUUGA